AUGUGCAGGCUGCUAGUCUUCAAGGGCGCCGACCCGAUCCAGCUGUGCCAUCUGGUCACACGGCCUGCGCAUUCGAUCAUCAACCAGGCGUUCGACUCGCGGCUGCGUCUCGACGCCACGCGCGCCGUCAACGGCGACGGCUUCGGUGUGGGCUGGUACGACUCGACGCGCGAUGCGGAGCUGGGCGAUGCGCCGUGCAUCUUCACCUCGGUGACGCCGGCGUGGAACAACCAGAAUCUGCAGCGGAUUGCGGACAAGAUCAAGUCGCCGCUGGUGUUUGCGCACGUGCGCGCCUCGACGGCGGGUGCGCUGUCCGAGACCAACUGCCAUCCGUGGAGGUAUGGUCGGUUGAUGUGGAUGCACAAUGGUCAGAUCUCGGACUUUUCCCGCAUCAAACGUCGUGUUCUCGCCGCACUGCCCGAACCGCUCUUCCUCUUCCCCCAAGGCCAUACCGAUUCCGAAUUCGCGUUUGCCGUCUUCCUCAGCCAUCUGGGGGAUCCGUUGCAGACGGAGCCGUUUUCGUACAAGGAGCUGCGCGAUGCCAUGCUCGCCACCAUCCGCGACUUUAAUGGCUGGGCAAGCGAGGCGGGCAUUCGCGAGCCGAGUCUGAUGAACUUUUGCGUGACGGAUGGAGAGAGCAUCAUCUGCACGCGCUACGUCAGCAGCAAAUCCGACCAGGCCGCCUCGCUCUACUUUUCCUCGGGGACGAGCUUCUACGAGCAUUCACCCGGUGCGUAUAGGAUGGUCAAGACCGACAAGCGCGAAAAGAUCAUCGUCGUAGCCUCCGAACCGCUCACGUUUGAAAAGGCAGACUGGAUGGAGAUUCCGACGAAUACGCUCGUGUGCAUCACGCCCAAGAUGAACGUCCUCCAACUGCCCAUCCUCGACGAGUUCCAUCUGGAUAGGACGGAUCAGAUCGUUAGAAGCCCCACGUUUGCCAUGCGCACCGGGUUUCCACCAAGCAUGUCGGGCGCGACGGCUGCUAGUGCGGAAGAGGUCAAGUCGAUAGCGGCGCUUGAUGGUGCAAGCCGAGGCGCGGGGGCUGGACGAAAUGCCCCCAUCCACCCAGUAUACCCUUGUCCGUAG